CUUCCCUGGGCUGGUGAUGCAUGCCGGGAUCCUGGAGCCGGCAUACACGUGGGACCACUACAUCGCCGUCCCAGAUGCAGAAGAUCGGGAAGGGAGAUCCUUCGGCAACAAGGCGAGAUGGGUGGUGGGAGAAUUCUGGGAUUUCUACAGGUGCGAGCCAGGAUAUGAGGCCAUAGCGGCUCAGGUGGCUGACACAGCAUGUCGCAAACUAGUGAAGGACAUGCACUACGAGGCACGUGUUCAGGCCGUAAUUACCUACUGCGCCGAUGUGGAAAAAGGGAAGGUCGGCAAGGACGUAGCAAGAAAUAUGUUCCUCACGCGGGAACAAUACUUGAGGGUAAAUGAUGAAAUCACUACUCAUUUCUUUUGA